UGCUGGCUGCCAACCGCCGUGAAACAAGAACAAGCAUUGGCUAAAUUGCAUGACGAUGGAUCGAUAUGGAGCUGAAGUGAGGUUUAGAAAAGUUAACGAACAUGGAGAGGAAACGAGGCGAAAUCAUGACCAGAAUUUUAAACAAUCCUCGAGCAGCGAUCAGUCAAUCAGCGUCGAAGCGGCUACUGAGGGCAUGAGCAUCACUCAGCUUCCUUCAGGGACAGGAAAAGGCAAAGAUAACUACAGCCAUAUUAAGAGGCCCAUGAAUGCCUUCAUGAUUUGGGCAAGGACACAACGACCUAUCUUGGCCAAAGCCAAUCCAAAUGCAAGCAAUGCAGAGAUCAGUGAGCAGCUUGGAAUUGAGUGGAGGAAACUGAGUGAAGAACAGAAGAUGGUCUACUAUGCAGAGUCACGGAAGCUUCAAUGGGAACACAGCCAGCAGUUUCCUGAUUGGCAGUAUAAUCCACGUCCACUGAAGAAGAAGCAAGUUGGCCAAGAAGAGGCAGGUUCUGAAACUACAACUAUGCAGAACAAUCUCAUGCUGUCUGAUUGGGAGUAUAAUCCACGUCCGCGGAAGAGGAAGAGAGUUGUCUCAAAAAAAACAGCUUCAGAAACUACAGCCACGCAGAACAAUCUCAUGCACUCUGGCAAUUUCCAUAAUACAGCCUUACCGAGGAGACCAGAUCCAACCCACCAUAUAGUCGUGGACAAGCCAAGAGAAGUACAAGUCUAUGACUUGCAGCCUGAAUCUAGUGACCCAUUCCCUGGCUCUACCCACUUAGACUCACGUGUACCCAUGUUUUCUGAAGUCACCCUACCUGAUUUCUCUGUUGCUCAGUUAUCCUGCAUGCCUGAGCCAUCAUUCACCCAGACCAGCACUUUGGAUUAUAAGGACAACUCAAGCAGUAUGGACCUGUAUGAUGACUUGUUUCUGGCCUGCGAUGACAUUUCUGCCUUAGAGCAGUAUCUGUUCCAUGAUGAUUCUGUGCCAAAGACUGAAAGAAAAGUCACCCAAAGCAGCACAGAUGUCCUAUUUUGUCCACCAGCCCUGGACAAACUUGCCUUGGCAGAAGUAAUGAGCAGCCUUCCUCUGGAGAGCACCAUUUUAAAAGUGAAUGAUGGUGAAGAAACUUCGCUAUUUGGAAUGCUUUAGGCACGUCUCACUUGAUUUUUUACAGCUGAGAGACGUUUUGGUGAAAAAUGUACCAGAAGAAGAAUGGGCAUGCCGUUUGCUACCCCUGCUGAUAGGACACUGCAGUAUGUACUUCAAUGAACAAAGAAAGGUCUAAUGUGUACCAGGAGCUGAAGAGGGCAGUACUGCAGAAGUUUGUCAUCUCAUCAGAGACCUACUGACAGAAGUUUCUGCAGUACAGUACAGACACUCCUGUACCAGGAGAGUCACUGACAUACAUCUACCAUCGUCUAAAGGGGCUCUACCAGAGAUGGAUCCGACCCAAAGCCUGCAGCCAAAAGGAGACUGCUAUCAUCCUAGAGCACAUGCUGUGUGUCGUCCCACCGGAAGUAAGGACAUGGGUACAACAUAAACCUAAACAUGAAACUGUUCCUGCAAGGAACUGUUAUCAAGAUGCCAGGUACACCCCAGGACAGCAGGCAUAGACAGACUGGACACAGGAGUAAGCUGGUGGAGCCUGGGGGACCUAAGACUGAGAGAAAAAACAUGACAAAAAAGUUGAGAGAUGGGCAUGUCGUUUGCUACACCUGCUGAUGGAGCAAGCUCUGGAGGCAGAUAUUGCAAUGAACAAAGAAAUGUCACAGGAGGUAAGCUGGUGGAGCCUGGGGGAAGUAAGACUGAGAGAAAAAACAUGACAAAGGAGGACAUGGUGUGUUUUUACUGCCAGCAGUAAAAAUCCGCUAAAGCUGCUAUAUGCGCAUUCGUAAAUCCAAGUUAUUGGGAGGCUGCUAUUUACCUACAAAUACAAAGGUAGAAGACAGUAUCAUGUGUUCUGCAGGGAAUAACAAGCAGUUACAUUCUUUGAUGGACGCUGGUAACGCUGUUUUCCUUAAGAAAUUCCAUAUCCAGGACUGUUAACAUUGAUUAUGCCACACUAACCCAGAUUCAGUGUACAUGGUAACCAACGUUUUUACCCCAUGGUAGAAGUAUUGCUGACUGACAUGCUUUUGGGGAGGGAUAUGCCUAAUCUGAUAGAAUUAUUAAAAACUGCUAAUGCUACAAUUACACCUAAUUGUAACCAUACAGCAAAUAAAGUAGAAUAGUUGUCAUGUCUGGUUUAUCUAGGGCCGAAGCUGCAACCUUUGGACGAUAUUUCUGACAGUUUAUGACAAGGGGGUGAGCAAGGGAUCUAGAUAAAUCUGUCAGCAGACUGGCUAAAUACCACCCUGUAAAAAUACUAAUAUAUUAUAAAUAUUAUAUAUAAGUAUUUAUUUAUUAGAUAUAAAUAAAAUGUAAAAGAUAAUGAUAAACAGAGUUUUACUUUUCUACUGCCAUGCUCUAGUUUUACUACUUUUGGCCAUCAUGGUAUACUGAUGUAAAAAAAAAUAAUCCCACAUUCCCAGUCUACCAAAAAACUAGUGCCAUUUGUCGGUCUUACCAAACUCCUCUCCAUUCCUUGCCUUUGCUCUUGACUCCAUUCUAUCACGUCGUUCGGAAGUUGUGGGCCUAUUAGAAAAGAGCAACUUAGGCUACCAAUAUAUACCAGUGAUUUUUGAUUUUGCUACAAGGUUCCCUGAAGCAUUUCCUCUGAAGUUUAUCGGUGCAGCUGUUAUCUAGGGUAGGCAUUAUAGAGGAGAUUAUAACAGAUCAAUGCACCAAUUUCACAUCAUGCCUGUGUGCCUUUGCGAGGUGCAAGAAGUAGAAGAGCCGGAAAGCAAGAUCUUGCCUGUAAGAAGUUGUUCAGAGAGUUUCCAUUACUACUCAGCUAGUAACCAGUCAGAACCCAGGUACUGAGGAAUGCUCUGACACCCAUCAGACAGAGUCUAUACAGGGUGCCUAAAAGGUUGGUGAAGCCUCUGAAGGAGAAGAUUUCAAUCAUACAAAUGUUAGGUGUAAUCGAACCAUUUGUAAAUGAGUGGAGUAGCCCCAUUGUUGUUGUGCCCAAGACGAAUGUGACCUUACGGGUCUGCAUGAAUAGGGAUUGUAAAGUUUAAAACCACCCUAGAUAGAUAGAUAAAGUACUUUAUUAAUCCCAUAGAAAAAUUGUAUAGGGAUAAUGGAUAUUGUCAGGUGUCAAAUUUAAAGCGCAAUAUACAGCUUUCCGGAGACCAUGGGUCUAUACCAGUUUAUGGUAAUGCCAUUUGGGUUACAGGGCACCAGCCACAUUUUAGAAGUUAACAGGUCAGGUCCUUUAGGGCACAGAAGACUAAAGCAUAUCAAGAUUACAAUGUCAUUUACAGCGCCACCUGAGAAGAGUAAAAUUGCAUAGGCUGGACUCACCUCAAGGCUGGACUCAACAGUAGUAAAUGAGGGUGGGCUAAGCAUGAAACUGCUAUCUGGGGUACCUAUUUAGAUCUGGACAAAUACGACCAAAAAUUGACAAGGUAGAUGUAAAACCCAUAACAAAAGAACCAUGUGAAUUAAUCUUUGGGACUAGUGAGUGGUAUAGAAGGUUCAAACUUCAGUUUGCCACUGUUGCAGCACCCUGAUCAACCUCAUUGCAAAAGCAAGCACAAAACUUACACUAUUACCUCCUGGGAAGGUAGUUUGCUGUGGAAACAUAACACAGUGCUCAGGCAUGGAUCAACACGAUGAGAGCAACAAUGCCAGAGUCACCAGAGGGUACCUGGGGAAGCUGGUAAACUUGGAGAGAACGGAGGGCACUACACACACUCAGUAUUUACAAACAAGCACCAUAUUUAUAGUCACUUUCUUAAAUAUUGUCAGUCACUUUCAGUUUACACACAACACAUAUGCUGCUUCUUUACUCCGUCCUGAACUAAAGUGUCUUUCUGUUCCUGUGGGAUGGUAUUUCAGGAUACAUCAUUACCAGGGCAUUAGGGGUGAAGCUGUCUCCUUCAGUUAUAUGUGGAUUUCCCUCCCUAAGCAUGCAGUGUUGCUGAGUCUGGGAGAAACCAUUCUGGUAGUAACAGGAGGGUUUUCACAGUGCUCAUCAAAAGGUUCAAAGCUUUGUAUGUGUGUUAAAUCUUCCCCAUAUAUUUUCUUCCUAACAACCUCAUCUCAAAGUUUUACAAGCUCAGUCCUCAUGAUAGCAGGACUGAUCUGAUCUGCUGCUAAAAACUCUUCUUCCCAAUUUAGAUUGCUAAAAGAAAGGGGAACAAAUAAUUAUAAAUUCUGUAGUAAUUAGAUAUUUAAAAAUAAUUGUGAUGACAUCUAAAUUUUUUAUUUAAUAAAUGUUCAUUAAUAAUGAAUUAAUUAUUUAAUGCCACCUCAAAUCAUUCCAGUAUACUUGAGAUUGCAAUAAAACUUUUUUUAAUAUACUGUGGAAAAUCCUCACAAGAGGAUUGGAUUGGUGGUGGUGGUGGUGGUGGUGUUGUUGUUUUAACCCUUUGGUGUCAACUGGCCCGCAGGCGGGACAACUUUAUUUGUCAACCGUGAAAAGAACUUGUAUGAUGUAUGUUUGGUUGUAUACAUAACUUGUUUGUAUGAUUGUUUGUAUGACUAAAAUGCUGUCAUUUUUUAUCAUACACAUAAGUGUGAAUU